CGUCAUCAAACAUACUCCUGUUCAUGGUGACCAUACAUCUUGAUCGAGCAGGCACCAUGAUAGGUACUCCAGCCCUCUGGCAAAUUCAUCAGGCACUUGGACUGCCUUAAUCAGGUGCUCUGCAAACUGUGUGCAGCUUGAUAAAUCUAAACAAUCAGUGAAGAGUGAUAAUCAACAACGCCCAGCAACACUACGGGAGGACUCGCAGUUCUUGUGCAGUGCUUUCCUGCUGCCGUUCUGAAGAACAAGGUUCUGUGCUGAAGUAUUUCCCAUGGACAUUGGAUGGAUCAGCAGGGAAAGACCCAGAUGGAACCCUUAUGCGCCACUUUCUGAGAUGCAGCACUGCCACUUUUCCUUCAUCAUUUGCCUUUGAAAUGAGGAUGGUGAAGACGUCUCCUAGAUGAUUAACCCCGUGGUCAUCUAAGACACCCAUAGACCUCCUGAAGACAGUGAUGGCUCUGGCGUGAUGUAGGAGCUGGUAGCCUACAGCCAUCACUCAUUUGCCAUGGUUUUAUACACAUCUCCUUUUCCAAAUUCCUUCCUACAGACCCUUCACUCCCUGUCCUGGGGUCUCAUAUUUCCCUGCUACUGGUUCACCGACCGACUGUUGGUGUCCUUUUUGCCGACCAGCUACGAGAAGCAUCAAAGGGGAGAUGACCCAUGCUACCUGAGGGCACUCUGCCUCACCAUUGUCACCCCCAUCUGCCUGGCCUUGCUGCUCGCCUCCCUGCCAUUUGCUCUGGUCGGCUUUGUCAUCUGGGUCCCUCUGCAGUCUGCCCGCAGGCCCUACGUCUACUCUAGAUUUGAGGACAGCUCCGAGACCGGUGGGGGCAUGGGGCCGGGCAGCUGGAAGGCUUUGGGCAGCAGAAGCUUCUGCUUCGCAACGGCCAAUGUCUGCCUCCUGCCUGAUUCCCUGGCCCGCUUCAACAACCUCUCCAACACCCAGCUCAGGUCUUGUGAGGUGGGCAAGAGAAUCCGCAACGGUGCCAGUCGGCCCCAGAUUAAGAUCUACAUUGACUCCCCGACCAACACGUCCAUCAGCGCUGCGAGCUGGAGCAGCCUGGCCUGCACUCACGCCAGCGAGAACAGCCGGCCCAAUAGCGCCAGCAUCAAGCGGACUUCCUCCAUGGAUUACAAAGGGGACAACUUCAUUGGAAACUGCAGCGAGGAUGGCAAGGACUACAAGCUGGGCUGGGAGCAGACCGAUGGAGACAGUAAGUCCUGCAUUGUCCGCAUCUGCAGCGAGGAGGCAGCUCCCUCGCCCAGCACGGAGGUGGAUGUCUGCACUGUACAGGUGACUGUAACUGAACCCGUGGAGCAGCAGGGGGAGGCUGAACUGGAGAACCAAAAUGACCAGACACCGAACCACCAGCAGAGAGAAGGGGACAGGAAUAGCCUGGACAGCAAUACUACUUCCAGGGAAUCCCUGAUCAAAUUCAGGAUCACUGACGGGAGCACGGAGAGCGGAGCCACCCCCAACAACAAGUUUGUCCACAAGCCCUCCGUCAUGAAGAAGUCCUCUCUGAAGAAGAAGAGGCAUCAGGGUGAGACGUUUGACCACGAGCUCUCAGCUUUCUUCCCCGCCAACCUGGACUUUCUCUGCCUGCAGGAGGUCUUCGAUAAGCGAGCGGCGGAGAGGUUGAAAGCUCAGCUGAACCCCUACUUCCAGUACAUGUUGUACGACGUGGGGAGCUAUGCCUGGCAAAGCUGCUGCAGCUUCAAGUUUUUAAACAGCGGUCUCUUUUUUGCAAGCCGUUACCCGAUUUUGGAUGUUGAAUUUCAGUGCUAUCCCAAUGGGAAAGGAUGUGACUCAAUGGCAGCCAAGGGAGCCCUGUUUGUGAAGGUGCAUGUUGGAAACACUGCUCAGGACCAAAGAAUUGUGGGAUAUGUUUCCUGCACGCACCUGCAAGCUCUGACAGGAGAUGCUACCAUUCGCUGUGAACAGAUGGACCACCUGCUGAACUGGCUGGCCGAGUUCCGAAAAUCUACCUCUUCACCCAGCACGGAAGAGCUGCUGGCGUUCGAUGUCCUGUGUGGGGAUCUCAACUUUGAUAACUGCUCCUUGGAGGACAAGCUGGAACAGCAGCAUUCUCUCUUCACCCAGUACAAGGAUCCCUGCCGCCUGAGCCCUGGAGAGGAACAGCCUUGGGCUAUUGGUACACUGAUGGACCCAGAAGGACUCUACGAUGAAGACACCAUCACACCGGAUAAUCUGCAGAAGGUGCUGGAGAGUGAGGAAGGUCGCAGGGAGUACCUGGUGUUCUCCCACUGCAAGAACCAGCUGUCCUCUCAGAGGGGGAGGAAAGGGCCACUGAAGGGCUGCGGGCGGAGGAUCGACUAUGCUCUGUACUCCGAGGAAGGCCUGAACCCUGACUGGAAAGUGGAGGUGGAGGAGUUCAGCUUUGUCACCCAGCUGGCUGGCCUGACUGAUCACCUGGCUGUGGCCAUGCGUCUCUCAGUGUCCAUCAGAGAUGAGGACCCUUGACUUCCAGAGGAAGAAGAAACCAUUGGAGAAGGUGGUAUCUGUGCGGGAAUGAGGGCCCUCAUUUUCUGGCUCACAGAUAAAGAAGACAUCCAAGCUGACUAGGCCUGAGGCAUCCUACUUGAUUUGUCUAUAGAAAUGAUUUAGAAGGUGGCCUAGAGAGUAACAAUCAAUGUUGGUUAUUUCCAUGCUCUACGGCAGAAAGCAGAGGCCUUUGUGUGGACUCCCAGAGGAGUGGAAACUGAAGCUGACGUGGAUAUUUCACACUGCCUUGGACUGGUGCCACUCUGGAGGUGUCCCCUCUCUUUUUUAUGAACUGCCUAGCACAACUUUAGAUUUUGACAAGUCCAUUCAUGAGUCGUUGAUGUGGUUUUUUUCUGCA